UCGAGGCAAGAUUUUGUAUGGUGGCCCGAUUUGCCUGAUUACUGAAGGCAUUUUGGCUGUUCAGAAAGAAUGGCAGUCAAGCGGCCAAGACCCACACAGAGAAAAUCUGCUCUCAUGUUUGACAGCCCCUCAGAAAACAGAUCAACCUUCAAAUAUUUCGGUCUGCUGUCUAGAUUUAAGUCUAGCAAAUAUGGCGGAAUUCCUGAAGCAACUUCUCCAUUGGAUUUGAAAGGUUUUAGUAGAUAUUCGACAGGCAUAGGCCUUGGAAUUCUUGUUGCUCUUGAUCAUAAUAACAAGAAUGAGCAAAGCAAAGCCAUGCCCAUUGUCUCUGUAAAACUAUCGCCUCGGAGAGAAGAGGAGAAUGGUGGAAGACUACGCAGGCGUAAAGAGACAGUUUUUGAAGAGUCUCAGCCCUCAGCUUUCUCCUCGUUUGAACCUGCUGGAUUUCUCUAUGUUUGUUAUAUGUGCAGACGAAAAUUGUCCCACCAGAAGGAUAUAUACAUGUACGGAGGUGACAAGGCUUUUUGCAGCGAGGGAUGCAGAUACCAGCAGAUUGCAACUGAUAAGAAGAAGGAGCACCGCCCAUCUCCGAGUUGUUCAUCAUCUUGUUCGUCCAUAUUCACAAUCACACCCAUGCCUGCUGCCUUGUACUAAUACUACUACUGCUGGAUUUCCAUCAUAUUUAUAGAAAGCACUGUUGGAGAGACCUAUGCGGAAUGUGAAGCAGCUCAAAAAGGCUUCGUGGAGUACUUAGAAAGCUUGGAUCUGUGCAAUUUUGUAAGAGGGUUGUGAUCCAGAGAAAGCAUGGAAAAGCAUAUGCAUUGAACUGGGCCGAUUUCUCUCAUCCAGCAAUUUUCUUGCCGACCUUUGUCUUUCCACUCAAUUUCAACAUGGAGAGGGAACAAAAACAUUUUGGAGUUGACAAAUUUGACGUAUACUUUAUAUUUGAAUUUUUGCAUGUGUGCAAUUUGGAUUUGUGCAAUUUUGUAAGAGGAUUAUGAUAGUUGACCAGCAAUGGUGAAAGGAAGGUAUAAAUACAAAAUGUACAAGCUUUCAAGGCCAGAGAAAGUGGUAAAUAAGAGGGUGAAAUAGUGAAGCAUGCAUUUUUCAUGUU